UUCUGUCUAACUAUCUAUUUAAAAACCAUUACUAAUUUAAUUUUCUUUGCAGAAAUACAUGCCGCCGCCAAAGAAACAGUUGCCCUAGCCGAGCAACGUUUCAUGUCAAAUUCCCAUGAAUGGCAAUUUGACAAUGCCUGGCAGGAAAUGCUUAAUCAUGCCACACAAAAAGUAAUGGAUGCUGAAAAGCAAAAAGCCGACUGCCAUGCGGAGCAUCAACGUCGCACACGUAUUUUUCAUGCAGCCGAACAAAAAGUUCAACAAUUAGAGGAACGUUUUCGUCGCAGUAUUACCAAAUCAAGGCCCUAUUUCGAGGAGAAACAAAUAUGCCAAGAUCAAUUACAAACCCAAAAGAAUCGCAUCGAAGAGCUACAACUGCAAGUGCAAACGGCAAAGAAUACCUAUGCCACUGCCUUGCGUAAUCUAGAGCGUAUAAGUGAUGAUAUACAUAGGCAAAGAGGAGAUUAUCCACAGCUUUUAAACACACCACCACCAGGACCCCGUGAGCCGGGUGUAGGAGCCGAGCUUAAUUCACCCACUAGCACCACCAUGCCAUCCUUGCCCGAUUACCAUAUGGAAUUGGAUAAAUGUGAUUAUCCCUCCAUAGCAGGCAGUCAAAUGUCUUUAAGUGGUCAAUCGGAAAAAUCCUCUGAGACUGCUUGCAGUACCAGCAACAACCUCAAUAAGAAUGCUGCCGCUCCCUUAGCCAUAUUGGCCUUAAAGGCAGAUUCUGAAAUUGAUGAAGAAGAUGAUGUGGUUAUCAAGCAGCACGGUGCAGAAGAUUAUCCCGAUGAACAGGUAGAAGACUAUAAUGAUAGUCAUGAACUUAAUUCGGGCAUAGUGGAUGAACAAGAUCUCGAAGCUUUAAGGCAACAAGUUAAAUUUUUAGCCGUAAGACCCAUAGAGGGAGGAGAUGGUCAACAAGAACAAAAUGAUGUUUGGGAGCAUGAAUUGAAUGCCACAGUGGAUAAAUUGGAUCACUUAAUGCUGUUGAAAGAAUGUGCAAAACAGCAGCAACAACAACAGCAGCCACAACUUACCACCUAUACGGCUAAAAAUAAAAAUAUUGCAGUAAGACCCGACUCUUUGGGUGCCGAGGCUUGUCCUGCUCCUAAAAAUCCUCUUAUAAAGGUAACACAAGCUAACGAGGUAGUUAACAGUCUACCCAGUACCCCCGAACAUGUAGUGAAACCCUUGAAAAAACUACAAAAGCUGGAACCCUUGCCCCUGGUUAAUGUUUCCAUGAGAGAACUACCCCUACUCGCACGUCUUUCAAAUGAAAUACUAGAUACUAGCAGUGGUUAUAAUAAACAACGUAGACGUUCGUUGGAUUAAGUUUAGGAAGGAAAACUUUGUAAAUUCACAAAUUUAAUAUAGUACAUAGCUAAUAAGUAAUUACAAAACAAAUUGUUAGUUAUGGCAAACUCUACUUGAUCUGCUAAAUAAUUGAAAAUUUUGAAAAAUUUAAAUUAUAAAAGAAAAAUUUUAGAAUUUUAAUAUUAACAGCAUUAACGAUCAAUUGAAUUAACAUUUAAAUAAAAUACAAGUAUUUUUUUAAUUUCUUUUGCAAAACUUUCAAACAAAAUAUGUAAUUAUAUUUAAAAAUUAAAAUAAUGUUAAUGUGAUAAUUUAUUAAAAUUUCUAACAAAAUUAGUUAUAGUUUUGAAAUAUUAAUAAAGAAAACAAACAAUAAAAUCGUUUCAUUUGCAGCUUUAAAGCUUUAACUUUAAAAAUCAAAUAACAAACAAAUAGUGUUAAUUAUAUUAAAUAUAAUUUCUU